CGCACCGGAUUAAUUUAUUUACUCUUCAUUUUUUACGGUUUUUUAACAUUACGGCAUCUAAAAAUGGCCGAACAGAACGCUGCGGACGGCGAGGAAAAGAUCAAACUAACCAUCAAAACGACUAAAGAGCAAAAGGUUUUGUACAUCAAUCCAGAUGACAACAUUACCUCGCUCAGAGAAGAAGUUUCAAAGUUGUUCGAAGCUAACAAAGAGCUCAUCUGCCUAAUUUUUGCUGGAAAAAUAUUGAAAGAUGGUGAGUCGUUGCAACAGCAUGGCAUCAAAGAUGGCGUAGUUGUACAUUUAGUUGUUCGAAGCCCCCCGACUACUGCCCCAACCCCAUCAAAUCCGUAUACCUCAUCCAUAAAUAGCCCCACUACCAACAGAAAUACUGGAUCGACCAUUGGUCCUGGUUCUAACAGUAGCAGUAUUGGGGGAGGUAGUAGUCCAUUUAACCUAUUUGGAUCUGAUUUAGGAGGGUUAGGAGGUUUAGGCGGGGGUAGUUUGGCUGACAUGCAAAGACAGCUCUUGAGUAACCCAAGCAUGAUGCAGCAAAUGAUGGAAUCACCACUUGUUCAGCAGAUGCUCAGCAAUCCUGAUUUCAUGCAGUCCAUCUUCACCAACAAUCCACAGAUACAACAACUCAUGGAGAGAAAUCCUGAAAUAUCUCAUCUGUUGAACAACCAAGAGCUAAUGAGACAGACAAUGGAGAUGGCCAGGAAUCCAGCCAUGUUUCAAGAGCUGAUGCGAAAUCAAGACAGGGCACUCAGUAAUCUGGAGAGCUUACCAGGUGGUUUUGGAGCACUACAGCGUAUGUACAACGACAUACAAGAGCCGAUGCUGAAUGCUGCCACUGAAAGUUUAACACUCAACCCCUUUGCCUCAUUGGCUGGAGGGACUGCCAACAACAACACCAGCACGACCUCUCAGCCGACUGGCCAGGAAAACAGGGAACCCCUUCCCAACCCCUGGUCCACCAGCACCACCAACAGCAGCAAUCUUUUCGGUGGUCUUGGUAGUGGCGGCACCAGCGGCACAACUACAAAUACUACCACUGGUGGUGGUAACGUCAGUGGGUCUGCUCUGCCUGAUAAUUUUGGUCAACUCGGUGGGAUGUUACAGAAUCCUGCCAUCCAGGGCAUGAUACAACAGAUGACCUCUGACCCCCAGCUCUUGCAGCAGAUGACUCAGUCGCCCAUGUUUCAAACUAUGCUCAGGACCAUGUCAGCUAACCCCGAGUUGGCCCAGCAGCAUAGAUUAAAUGAUCCAUAUCUUAAUAAUUAUCAUGAUAGUAAUAAUGAGGCUGAUGAUUAUCUUGGUCCCCAUCAGGCCCUACAGAGUAACCCACUGCUGGCGGGCAAUCCACAAAUGAGGGAAGCGUUGGCAGAAAGUAUGCCCACCAUCAUCGCAUUCACUCUUGAACAGAUGAACAGUCCAGAGAUGCAAGCCCUUCUGACCAACCCACGGGCUAUGCAGGCCCUCGUGCAGGUACAACAGGGUAUGGCCAUUCUACAACAGGAAAUACCCAGUUUAGGUCUUGGCAUUCCUCUUCCUCUUGGAUCAUUCUCAGCAGUCUUCAGCACAGCAGCUCCAAUCACAACAACAACUACUGCUGCUACUACUGCUGCUGCACCAUCCACAACAACUGGUACAACUACCGCUACUUCAACAUCGCCAUCAUCUACUACCACCACGCCAUCAUCUACUGCAGCACCCACAGCUGCCACUGUUGGCCAGCAGCAGCAGCAAAUGGCUAACUUGCUUGCGGGCUUGAUUGGCAAUGCAGACAUCAGUAGCGCCAUGUCUGAUAUGAUGAGGGUCAUAGGUGGUGGUGGUAGUGGUGGUGGGGGACAGCCAGGAAGGCCAGCUAGCUUGAACGAAACGCCAGAGCAGAGGUACAGACCACAGUUGGAGCAGCUGGCUGCCAUGGGUUUUCUCAACAGAGAGGCUAAUUUACAGAGUUUAAUAGCCACAUUUGGAGAUGUUAAUGCUGCCAUAGAUCGCCUUCUACAGCAGAGGCACAGAUGAAAUAAUAAGAAUAAAAAUAAUAAUAACAGUAAUUAUAAAAAUUAUAUUAAAAAUAAUAAUAAUAUUGUAUGAUUACAAUUUUUUAUUAUUAUACGGUAUGAUAUGAUAAGUUCGUAUUUAUGAGAGACUAAUUGUUAUAAUUGUUGAUUCUUUAUUUUUUAAUUAUUUUUUAGUACUAUUCUUCUUUCGAUGUUACAAUGAUGAUGAUGAUUCGUUAUCAUUAUUAUUGUUAUUAUUAUUGUUAUUAUUGUUAUUAUUUUUAUUAUUAUCAUCAUUAUUAUUGUUGUUACAUGGUAAAUGUGUUAGAAGCAUGUGAGUUCUUUAAGAAAUAAAAUUUAAAAAAUUGUACUUUGAUUGAUUUUCUCUUUUAUAAUUGUUAUUAAAAAUAAUUAUUCUAAAAAAUUUUUAUGUGACUUGUUUGUGUAUGUAUGUUUGUGUGGUGUGCGUGCGUGCGUGUUUGUAUCUGACUUCCAGUAUAAUUUUUCUCUAUUUCAUUUUAUUCGUUCUUUUUUUCUCUUCAAAUGUUUCCUUAAAGAUAUUAUAGCACUGUUUAGCAAACAUUUUUUUCAAUAACUUAUUCAAAUAUGUACCUAUGUUUGAUUAAAAUGGUUAUUAAUUAAUUAGUUGAUGAAUUAAUUAUUUGAUAAACUGGUUGGUGAAUAUAUUCAUCAUUGCUAUGAUUUUUUGGUUCCUUGGCUAUCUGCAAAAACAUUUGCACCCACAGCCUUACGCAGUGUCCGAAUUGAAAUCUGAGAUCUACUUAUCUUAACUUACCUGCUCAUUACAAUUAUCCCUAGCCUUCUCAAAUUACAAAACUCAAGAGCCCAAUUCAAUCGCCGUUCGGCACCCGCCCUACCACCUACAUUACCUUUGGCUCCAACUUAAUAAUGUAAAACUUGAUUAAAAACUUACCUAUUGAUACACUUA